UACACGCACAAUAUAGAUAGAUUCUUUUCUACAAAUAUCUAGUUCUAAAUUUUGUUCUUUAGCGAAUACCUAAUCUACUCCUUCAUGUGGACAUGUAAGGUUGGAAAUGCAAAUGGCUUUUGUUUGUUGUUUCUAUGGACUCACAUUUAGGCGGACAAGUAAGAUUAUGCCCUUCGUGAUAAAAAUCACAACAAUUACUCAUUUUAGUAAUGGCUUAUUCUUUUCCCGUUUGUUUAAGUUUUGAUGGACAGAGUACCAAAACCCUCACUAUUUCAAAGCUUUUCCUCCACGGAAGACGCUGUCAAAGUUUCAAGGUCUCAUGCAAUAAUGCCAACAACGUCAAUGGUGAUGAGCAUGACAAAAACCUUGAAGCAAAUGUUGAUAGGAGAAAUGUGCUUGUUGGUUUAGGAGGGCUGUAUGGUGCUUCCAAUUUUGCACCAUUAGCUGCCAAUGCUUCUCCUGUACCGGCGCCUAAUCUCAUAUCGUGUAGUAAAGCCACGAUAUCGAGGGGUCCAGAAGUACCAUAUAGUUGUUGCCCUCCUACACCACUCGACUUGGACAACAUUCCAUAUUACAAACUUCCUCCCGUGUCUAAGAUCCGUAAGAGGCCGGCCGCUCAAGACGUGAAUGAGAAAUUUAUUGCAAAAUAUCAAUGUGCCACUCAAAUAAUGAAGAAAUUGGACAAAGACGACCCUAUUGGAUUCAAGCAACAAGCCAAUAUACAUUGUGCUUAUUGUAACGGUGCUUACUUGAUUGAUGGCAAAGUAUUUCAAGUUCAUAACUCAUGGCUUUUCUUCCCAUUCCAUAGAUGGUACUUGUACUUCUAUGAGAGAAUAUUGGGAAAACUCAUCGAUGAUCCAACUUUCGCUUUGCCAUAUUGGAAUUGGGACCAUCCAAAGGGCAUGCGUUUACCUCCCAUGUUCGAUCUUCAAGGGACUUCCCUUUACGACGAAAGACGUAAUCCCCACGUCCAUAAUGGAAACAUAAUCGAUCUUGGUUCCUUUGGAGACGAAGUUCAAACCACUGAAUUACAAACAUUGACAAACAACUUAACUCUAAUGUACCGUCAAAUGGUAACUAAUGCUCCAUGCCCCUCCCAAUUCUUCGGUGAGCGUUACGUUCUCGGAGUUGAUCCCAAAGGUCAGGGAACUAUUGAAAACAUCCCUCAUACUCCCGUCCACAUUUGGACAGGUACUGUCCCGGGUCCGAAUUUGCCUAAUGGUGCCACGUCAUACGGUGAGGAUAUGGGUAAUUUCUACUCAGCCGGUUUAGACCCGGUUUUCUUCAGCCACCACGCCAAUGUGGACCGGAUGUGGGUUGAAUGGAAAAAAAUAGGCGGGAAAAGAAGGGAUCUCACGGACAAAGAUUGGUUGAAUUCCGAAUUCUUUUUCUACGAUGAAAACCGUAUCCCUUACCGUGUGAAAGUACAAGACUGUUUGGAUAUGACGAAAAUGGGGUAUGAUUACGAACCAACAGCCAUUCCAUGGCGUAACUUUAAGCCAACAAAAAAAAGCCGACAAGGAAAGGUGAAUUUAAGUUCAAUUAAGCCAGCAAACAAGGUAUUCCCACUCGCGAAGCUGGACAAAGCCAUUUCGUUUUCUAUCAAUAGGCCGGCUACCUCAAGGAGUCAAAAGGACAAAAAUGAACAAGAGGAGGUGCUAACAUUCAAGGGUCUAAAGUAUGAUUAUACCAAAUAUAUAAGGUUUGAUGUGUUCCUGAACGAGGAAGAGACAGUGAAUGCGGAUGAGCUUGACAAGCUGGAGUUCGCGGGGAGCUUUGUCAAUUUGCCACAAGUUCAUGUACAUAAUAUGGACUCAGAUGAAUCGUUUCAGCUGGCCAUUACUGAACUGCUAGAGGACAAUGGAUUGGAAGAUGACGAUACUAUUACGGUAACUGUGGUUCCGAAAAAGGGUGGCCAAGUGCUCUCCAUCCAAACUGUAGAUAUUGAAUUUUUGGAUGGUUAAAUUAAUGUUUUUCAGUCCAACAAUAAUUUUCUUGACCUAAGGUGCAUGUGCAUUUACAGUAGAGGUUGAAUGUGAAAGGCGGAAUUAUUCAAAGUGAGAUAUUUGUCAUAAUGGCACCUAAGGAAUCCUUUAGGACCACCUAAUAGAUUUUUCCAUGAAAUGCACAUAUUUCCGAUUUAA